GCUCAGCGCCACUUUAUUUUAUUUUCAGGAAACUAUGACGACCUGUACCAGUGGUCGGUGGAGUCAUAUUCCGACUUCUGGGCCGAAUUCUGGAAAUUCAGCGGGAUUGUGUCUUCCCGCAUGUAUGACGAGGUGGUGGACACGUCCAAGGGCGUGGCCGACGUGCCCGAGUGGUUCAGGGGCAGCCGUCUGAACUACGCCGAGAACCUCCUGCGGCACAAGGAGAACGACAAGGUUGCUGUUUACGUGGCGAGGGAAGGCAAAGAGGAAAUCGUGAAGGUGACCUUUGAAGAGCUGCGGCAGCAGGUGGCAUUGUUCGCAGCGGCAAUGAGGAAAGUCGGCGUGAGGAAAGGAGACCGCGUCGUGGGUUAUUUACCCAACGGCGUGCAUGCCCUGGAGGCCAUGCUGGCUGCAGCGAGCAUUGGCGCCAUCUGGAGCGCCACAUCCCCUGACUUCGGUGUGAAUGGUGUCCUGGACCGGUUUUCCCAGAUCCAGCCGAAGCUCAUCUUCUCCGUGGAGGCCGUUGUGUAUAACCGCAAAGAGCACGGCCACCUGGACAAGCUGCAGCAGGUCGUGAAAGGGCUGCCCGACUUGGAGAGAGUGGUGGUGAUUCCUUACAUCACCUCCAGGGAGAAGAUCGACAUCUCCAAGAUCCCCAACAGCAUGUUCCUGGACGACUUUCUCGCGGCCGGGAAAGGGGACCAAGCGCCCCAGCUGGAGUUUGAGCAGCUGCCCUUCAGCCACCCUCUCUUCAUCAUGUUCUCGUCGGGCACGACUGGGGCGCCCAAGUGCAUGGUGCACUCCGCCGGGGGCACCCUCAUCCAGCACCUGAAGGAGCACGUGCUGCACGGGGACACGACCAGCAGCGACAUCCUGCUGUACUACACCACGGUGGGCUGGAUGAUGUGGAACUGGAUGGUGUCUGCUCUGGCCACGGGCGCAGCCCUGGUCCUGUACGACGGCUCCCCGCUGGCGCCCUCGCCCACGGUGCUCUGCGACCUGGUUGACAGGAUAGGCAUCACCAUCCUGGGAACAGGGGCCAAGUGGCUGUCGGUGCUCGAGGAGAGGAACCUGCGGCCCGCGGAAACCCACAGCCUGCAGACGCUGCACACGAUCCUGUCCACCGGCUCCCCGCUCAAAGCCCAGAGCUACGAGUACGUGUACAGGAACAUCAAGAGCAACGUCCUGCUGGGCUCCAUUUCAGGUGGCACUGACAUCAUCUCCUGCUUCAUGGGCCAGAACGUCUCCCUCCCGGUGCACAGAGGGGAGAUCCAGGCCCGGAACCUGGGCAUGGCCGUGGAGGCCUGGGACGAAGAAGGAAAGGCGGUGUGGGGGGAGAGCGGGGAGCUGGUGUGCACCAGGCCCUUCCCCUCCCAGCCCACCCACUUCUGGAUGGACGAGAGUGGCAGCAAGUACCACAAGGCCUACUUCUCCAAGUUCCCAGGUGUCUGGGCGCACGGGGACUACUGCAGGAUCAACCCCAAGACCGGGGGCAUCGUGAUGCUGGGCCGGAGCGACGGGACACUCAACCCCAAUGGAGUGCGGUUCGGCAGCUCGGAAAUCUACAACAUCGUGGAAGCCUUCGAGGAGGUGAUGGACAGCCUCUGCGUCCCCCAGUACAACAGGGACGGCGAGGAGCGGGUGGUCCUCUUCCUGAAGAUGGCCCCGGGCCACGCCUUCCGGCCCGAGCUGACCAAGCGCAUCCGGGAUGCCAUCCGCCUCGGCCUGUCGGCCCGACACGUGCCCAGCGUCAUCCUGGAGACCAAGGCCAUCCCGUACACCGUCAACGGCAAGAAGGUGGAGGUGGCGGUGAAGCAAGUCAUCGCGGGCAAGGCUGUGGAGAACCACGGGGCCUUCUCGAACCCGGAGACGCUGGACCUGUACCGGCACAUCCCCGAGCUGCAGGGCUUCUGAGUGACCUCGCAGCCCCCGGCCCCGGCGGUGCCGCAACGUGCGUCCAGGGUUUACUCAGACCGCUGGCCGCCGGGGGACACGCGCCAUGUCUGGGGGC